AUGAAGACCACCGCAAUGUUGUCUGCCGCCGUAGGCAUCCUCGCUCUCGGUGUCCAGAACGUCGCUGCAGGCUGCUACGGUGGCGAGAACUGGCCAAACCAAGAAGAGGCUCGCAGCUUCGUCCAGAACGCAUGCUACAACAACGGAGGCAUGUUCACCGGCUGGUACGCUGCCCGUCAGACCAAGUCAAUGUGCCCACGAGCUUCCUCGAACAACAUGGGCCUUCUCUUCGAAGUCCAGAAUUUGAACUCCAACACCGGUUUCGACCUUGGCGACGAUGACUGCUACAACCGCCUGACCAACGAGAUCUUCGGAUGCGGCCAGGGUGGCGAGUCUACGGUUUCUGGAUGGCGUUUCCGCGCCGACCCAGGUGCUUGCUAG